AUGUAUUUGUACCGCUGCCUGCAUGGACUUGCUAGUCCUCUUCUAGAGACCGCCAUCCUGCGAGAGCACCACGUGGUCUCCACCAUUGAGGAGAUCACCCCGAAGUUGAGAGGUGCGAAAGUGUUCUCGAUCGUCGACGUCAAGUGUUGGUACUGGAAUGUAGAGCUCGACGACGAAUCCAGUUACCUCACCACCUUCAACACACCAAUCGUGCGCUACAGAUUCCUUCGCAUGCCAUUCAGCCUGAAGAUGUCGCAAGAUGUCUUCCAAGCAAGGAUCGACCAGACGUUCGAAGGGUGCCCAGAUGUCACCGGCAUCGCGGACGACAUUGUCACAUACGGGACGUCAGACGAGGACCAUGAUCUCAUCAUGCAGCAGAUGAUGGUUCGCUGCGAUUAUUCUGGUUUCAAGUUGAACCCAGACAAAUGCCGCAUCAAAGAGGACAAGAUCAAGUUCUUCAGCAUCAUCUGCAGCGCUGACGGAUAUCAGACGAGGCAUUUUUGA